AAGACUUUUAGUCAUUUUACAGCUUCAGAGUCGCCAGGGUGUCCAGCUCCAUCAGGUUCAUUAUUCACUGUGUGUGGCUGAAGUAAUCCAACAUCUGAUGGCAGCACAACCCUUAAAAGACUGGAGCAGUGAUCUAUUUGACUGUGGUGAAAGCGCGAGUACUUGUUGCUAUGGUUUCUGGUGCUGCCCUUGCCUUGCCUGCACAGUUUCAGAAAGAUUUGGAGAGAACCGUUGUCUCCCAUUAUGUGACAUAUGCAGCCCUGCCAUAUUAUCAGCCUUGGGGAUACCUCUGUGUGCGGCGCCUCCUGCAGGCCUGUCCUUAAGGGCUGCCAUGCGAAAUAGAUAUGGUAUCAAGGGUUCUCUCUGUAAGGACAUCGCAGUUUCCUGUUUCUGCGGGUGGUGCAACUGGUGUCAGAUGCAUCGUGAGUUAAGACAUCGCGAAAAAACUCCCACUGUCGUCAAUGUUACAAACGUGAACGUGCAGCAGCCUGCUCCAAUGAUGAUGACUCCUGUAUACCAAUAUCAGUGAAAACCAAAGAUUGAGAGUAUGAUGAAGAAUAACUUUCAGUUUCUUAAUAAUCAUGACAAUUAGAGUCUAAUAAUUGUUGACUAUCACGUCAAAUUAUUUUCUGAAGUUUCUGUCUAAAAAAGUCUUUACUGUAUAUAUCCUAAACCUCUCUUAUUUUCUUACUGUGAAGUUCGUACCAAGUUGGAUUCACCAAACUCUCUUAAAUGCACAAACCUGAAGUAAAUUGAUCAGUUCAUCAUGAAUGUCACCUGUUGCCACUAAUUAUUUGAUAUCAGUUUGAUUUGUUUAUACCUAUUAAAUGUUUUCUUCU